UGCUAUGCAUGCUUUCGAUCUUAAUUUUUUUUUGCAAUUCUGUUGUAGUUUGAUGCUAGAAGAAUUAAAAGACGUAAAAAUUGAGUUACUGAAGACUUAUUACUUACUAAAUAAUGAACACUGUACAAGGAUUCUGUGAUUUCAACAUACCUUCCCGAUGUAGCCCUACCACUACAUUGAGAGAUGUCGUCAUACGUGCUGUCAAACUUGGUUAUGGGGCCAUUGCCAUCAAUACAACAAUAGAAGAAGAUGUUUUAAUCACAACAAAGAAAAAAACUAACAAGAAAGGUGAUGCAAUAGAGGACAAAAAAGAAAUUCCCCUGCCUCCUAAACUGAAUUUCACACAAGAAGAAUUGGAUUCCUUUAAAGUUCAUGGGAAAAGUGUGAAAAUUUUACAGCGCUUGACUGUUAUGCUUAGUGACCCUACAAACACACAAAAACUGGUGCAGUCCGUGAAUGCCAAAAGUUAUGAUUUAAUAGCAGUUUGCCCUACAACUACAGCUGCAUUUCUGCAUGCUGUGGCAAAUAUGGAUGUAGACAUUAUUACAUACCAUCCAAUGGACACUAAAGAAGUGAGAUUCAAUAGAAGACAGUACCACCAAGCUACUGACAGGGGAAUAUUUUUUGAGAUACCAUAUGCAUUCAUGCUCAGAGAUCCAGCAAUGCGAAAAAAAAUUAUUCAGAUAUCUCACCAAUACCAUGCAGUUGGAAAAUCAAGAAACAUAAUCAUCGGUAGUGGAGCAAACACGCCAAUGGAGCUUCGAGCACCGUAUGACGUGGCCAAUUUAGGACUGCUUUUUGGGUUAACUGAAGGUGAAGCGAGAUCUGCGUUGACCUUAAGUGGGAGAUCAGUCGCACUUCAUGCUGUGACAAGAAAAACUGGAAAAUGUGUAAGUUUCAUCACAGAGACAGAUAAGCUUGAUCCAGAAGAACGGUGGAAAGCUCGUGAGAUAGCAGAUGCGGAAGAAAGACUUCUCGGAAAACCGGAGACCAAAAAAUUGAAAAUGGAUUCCGAUACAGUUUCAUAGACAAAGUGGACAAUGUGCUGCACUUAUUGUAUUCCAUUUUGAUCAAUAGAUUAUGGCUGAACUACAGAAGAACAUAUCAUUUGAAGUUACAGCUGCUCUUGCGGAGGGCUUUACGUUCUGCAAUUUAAGAUCGAUGUAUCGCAAGUUAUAGACAUUCACACUUUCAUAACAAAAUGUUGCCCCAAAAAUAGAGAGCUGCCAAAAAAAUACAACAUGUAAGCAAAA